UUUUUUAAAUUUAAAAAAUCUAAUAUGUAGAGGUGAACAAAUUAUUAAAUAAGAUUAAGAUGAUUUAGAGAAUAUUUAAGUUUAAGGGAAAAGGGUGAUGGGAGUAGAGGUAUUAAUAUCAUAUAGCCGGGACUAAAACCAUAAGUUUAAGCUUUUAGGUGAAGCAGUCUCCCUAAGAUGUUAUAUCCUCAACACAAGAAUUUGAUGCUUGAUGGCACUGAUUUUGUUCACAAGUUUUUGGUCAAUGUAAGCAAAUAGUGAAAUGGCCAACCCAUACAGAUAUCCAAAGAAUGUGCCAAUGUAUGACCACAUUGAUAUGAUUUUUUUUUUUUUUUUGGUGCGGAAAAAAGUAUUUCUAGUGUAGUAGUCUAGUUAUUUUAAUGUGUAAAUGACUAAAUGGUGUCUUAGAAAUAGUCAGGCAAAUCUUAAGUCUCUGUUUUGUUUCCCAUUUGAAUAUCUCCUCCAGUUCAUGAUGCAAGCAUUGUUUUUAUGAGUAUCUAAAAAUUUAUGUGCAAUCUCAAUCUGGAAAAUAAGACCCAGAAAGUGGACUCAGUUUUGGCUUCUAUGGAAGCUUUUCUUUCUGAAUAUUAUUAUUGAAUCUUUAAGGAGUUUUCUCAUAUAUGUGAAAUGGAUAUGCUACUGAACCUGAUGUAUUGAUAUUUUUACUUCUUGUUUUCUUUUGUUGAGAGAAACAAAUGCAUUGUGGUUUCUAUUCCAGACCCUUCAUUUAUGUCUAGUUUUGAUUUUAUGCCAAUAGAACUUGUAAGCUUAGUUGGGUCUGCUUUACUGGCCCUCUUUCUGGAGGUAAAAAUUGAAUUUCAAUGUAAUCUGUAACUUCCGGUGGCUAGUUCUGUUGUGUUGCACGUAGAUGUGAUGCAUGUAAAUUCUACUUGGUAUGGUUGUAUCAAAGGCCAUAAAUCCUUACAUUCAUGUUUCCAAUGUUUGGGUCUGGGAAUUAGGGAAUCCAACACGCACUGCAUAAUAGAGUGUCUUAAGCUAUAAAAAGCAUUCAAAUGUCUUUAGCAUACUAGAGAAUUACACCCAUAUCUGCAUAAUUAUAUGCAUGUCAUUUAUGCUUUCAUUAGCUUUGUGAAAUUUUAUUAAGAUUUUAAGAGUUAUCCUUUGUCCUUAUUUUGCUUUCCUUAUUGUCUGAUUUGUUAAUGUCCUUGCAGGUUACCAAAUUGAGUUGCAAAAAUGGCAGAUGGGCCACAACUUCCAUCUGUAAUCCAGAAGAUAAGAGUGCAACCUUACCUCUCCAUCAGGCACUUUCCUAACCAUCAAGCCUGGACUUCAAGCUUACAAAACAUUCCCAGUGCUGGUGGAUAUGCGAUCGACAGAUUGCACAAAUCUUUGCUGCUAGCAUAUGCUAGCUCUGCCUCCUAUCUUGCUUCACCUCUGCUGACAGGACUUGUAAGAGCUCCACUGGAAAAGCAUGAGUCUGCUGCUCCAUCUCGUUUAAUUUGGGGAUCAAUCCGUGGUGUUUUAGGGGUGCUAACUGCUCCAAUUGGGAGAGUGAAACUCCUGAUCCAGUGCCAAGAUGAGAUGAUCAAGUCAGGUAGACUACCUAAGCCUUAUAAAGGAAUUGUGAACUGCUUCGCCAGAACAAUCAGUAAUGAAGGCUUCAUAUCCCUUUGGAGAGGCUACAUCCCUAGAAUCAUCAGCGACGUUUCCAUUGGAUAUUUAUAUGUACAACAGGUAAUCAGCUUUGGCUUUAACAACUAUUGUCUGACUUUAACCAAUUUCAAAAAAGAAGAUGGCUACUGGAAAUGGUUACUCGGAGGCUUGGCAGGAGGAACUUUGGCUAAUUUAGCAACUCAUUUUGUUGUUUAUCCCCUGGAUUAUGCCCAGACUCGCCUAGCUAAUGAUAUCAAGACAAACAAUAAGAUUGAAGAAAGGCAAUUCAAAGGUUUGAUUGAUGUCUACAAAAAAACUAUAAGAUCAGAUGGCAUUUCUGGACUCUACCGUGGAUUUGCUAUCUCAUGUUGUAGAAACUUAUUAAGUACUGGGGUCUACUUUGGCAUACAUGUAAUCUUCGGGCCCUUUAUGUUACUCAGGGUCCGGUCACAGGAUGACUUCUUGGCUGCAUCAGUAAUGGCAGUGGGAGUUGCAGUUUGUCAAAAGAUGGCAACUUACCCAUUGGACACUGUAAAUAGGAGGAUGAUGAUGACCUCUGGAGAAGUUGUUAAGUAUCAGAGUUCAAUGCAUGCAUUUGCAGAGAUUAUCAGGAAUGAGGGUGUUAAGUCCCUUUAUAAGGGUGGAGGUGCAAGCAUCCUCAAAACAUUAGCUUUAGCUGCAAUUUUUACUGUUUUUGUCACAAGAUUGCCCGAUUAUUUGUCAAUAAAGAAGUCUAAUUCUGCUGCUGAUGGUGUGUCUGCAAAGAGGAAUGGGUCGGCUGGUGGUGGUCAAUCUGCAUCAAUUCUCACCAUUAAAUGGACAUAUGGUAAGAAGGACUAGGGGCAACGGUGGUGGAGGCCCACACAGGAAUUUCUCUUCUGAGGGGAACAAUUAUUUAGAUUUUCUUUACAAUUAGAGUUCAGUUGACAGUCUGAGAAAGGUCUUCUGUAAUAUGAUAUUAUAGUGAGUAAAACAGUACUUAGGUUUAUGAGUCUGGCCAGCUUAACCUCUUCCCCGUAGUAAACAAAUGAGUUUGUAUUGUGCUGACUUCUAAAAAUUGGAUACUCAAAUUACCACCACUUGAAAUCAA